AUGGAAGGGCAAAAACGCCCUUCAACAAAAAUCCGCAGGAAAUCGUCGUAUGGAACUUCUAGAAGGUCUAUUCUGAAGAAAUCCUUCAGUCAAGAACAAGUCACUUUCACUGCUCCUCUCUCCGACGACCCCCUCGUUGCCAUCAUCGGCGGCGGCAUCUCCGGCCUUAUAUGCGCCCUCUUCCUCGAGACUCGCGGCGUUCGCUCCACCGUGUUCGAUACCGGUAUUCACGGUCUCGGAGGAAGAUUGGGAACCAGAGUCGUCGAUCCUCAUCCGUUAAAAUUCGAUCAUGCGGCUCAGUUCUUUACCGUUAACGAUUCUCGCUUUGCCGAACUCGUCAACGGUUGGAUGGACAAGGGUUUAGUGCGCGAGUGGCCGGGUACCGUUGGAGAGCUUCACAAUGGUGGUGAAUUUGUUCCGUUUGUAUCCUCUCCUCCGAGAUAUGUAGCCACCAAUGGAAUGCGCUUCCUUGCUGAUUCUUUACUGUCUCAGACUCGCUUGGUUAAUGUGGUGAGGCCAUGCUGGAUCAGUAAAUUGGAGCCGUUCAAUGGGAUGUGGCACUUGAGUGAAAAUGGCAAGCCUUGUGGCAAGUUCGAUGCCAUUGUUAUUGCCCACAAUGGAAAAUGUGCCAAUCGUUUGCUUAUGACAUCGGGAUUACCAUUAGUUGCGAAACAAAUGAAGAGGUUGGAGUUGAGUUCAAUAUGGGCCCUUCUAGCAGCAUUUGAGGACCCUCUUCCUUUUUCAGGAAGCACAGAAGUUCCUUUCGAAGGAGCUUUUGUGAGAGGAGUUGAUUCAGUGUCAUGGAUGGCCAAUAAUACAAAGAAGCUACUGAUUUCCCAGAGUGGUGGUCCUCACUGUUGGACCUUUCUGAGCUCUGCUGCUUAUGGAAAACAGAAUAAGGUUCCACAGGAAAAUAUCCCUUCUGCUACAGCAGCAAAGGUAAAGGCAGGAAUGCUAGAGGGUGUUGAAGCUGCCCUUGGAUUACCAAAAGGGUCUCUUCCGAAACCUUUGUAUACCAGACUUCAGCUAUGGGGUGCAGCUCUUCCAACUAAUACACCUGGAGUUCCUUGCAUCUUUGAUCCCCUUGGAAGGGCUGGGAUAUGUGGUGAUUGGCUUCUAGGUUCUAAUAUAGAGGCAGCUGUCUUAAGUGGAAUUGCUCUAGCGAACCAAAUUGCAGACUAUUUCCAAAGCCCCGUGACUGACGCAGGAGAGUUUGCUGUUGGUUUAAAUCAUGAGUUUCAACCACUGGAAGGUCAUGAUAUUGGACAAUUCCCCGGAUUGGGGUCAGAAGAAAAGAUGAAUGAAGGCCAAGCAUACGAACUUGCCAAGUAG